CGGCUAAGUGCUAGUUGCUAGUCAAAGAGCUGUUUCUUGCUUUUUUCGUGUGUGUGAAAAAGACACACUACUUUGUGGUUACAAUUUCACUCAAAUACGUCUUAAUUCGAAACUUUAAAGGCGAAGAAAAGGUGAUCCUGCGUGUCGAUGGCCGCCUGUUCUGACGUGCUGAUGGAAUACGAAGGAGAGGAGGAGUCGCCGCACUAUGAAGAUGAGGACGAUGAGGAAGAGAACCCCCUGCCUGCGAAUGCCACCCACGUUCCCGUGCAGGCGGUCAGCAGCUGCAGCCCCCACGCACCCAACACCACACUGGAGUCGUCGGGCGCUCGUCUCAGCUUCUUGGUGAACGGUCGCCGUGUCCCCCAGAUGCCUGGAGGGGGCAGUACAGAGCUGAAGCUGCAAUUCCAUCCUGGCGGCACAUCCAGCGGCUUUGUCACGGUGACGACCUGCGCGGCUAUUGUGCCGUCUCCUUCCUCGUCCGGCCACAGCCCCGUCAUCACGGAUGUGGUCUCGGGUCAAGCCGCUCACAAAGUUUUAAAUGAGUACCAGAUGAACGCCGAUACCCAGAAGCCUCCACUUCAUUCCUCAACGCCCAAGGCCCCUUGCAGACCUACAGUUGCAACUAAAAAAUACAUCCCCAAAGGUCCUGCUCGUCCUUUCAAGUGUGGGGCGUGCGCAUCGCAGUACAAGUUGAUCUCAGAGCUGCGGGCAUUCACUUGUCUGUGCAGUCCCGUCGUCACCGAGAGUGUGAAUAAACUCAAGCUAAUAAGGAAGAAGAAGAACAUCAAGAAGCGCCUGAAGAACAAAGUGAAGCAAGGCGGCAAAGAGUCUGCAACCAGUGCGUCCACGCCUGUAGCCAACUCCUCCCUAUGGCCGGCCGCUGCCGACGCCGCCCCCCCGUCCGAGCGCACGCCGGGGCCCGCGCGGCGCCCGAGCUCCCCCCAGCUCAUCCAGCCCGAGCGCGGCAAGCUGGUCAUCAUGGUGGACGACUUCUACUACGGAUGCGACCCGGGACGCGGUCUCGUAACUGACCAUGUCAAGAACAACCAGGGACACGCUGGACCCUACCACUGCAUACACUGUCCGGAGACCCUAAUCAAUAACAUCAAGCUGAUAUCUCAUAUGAAGACGCACGCCGCCAAGAUGGCUGAAGAGGACUGCCGCAUGCACCGUGUGUCUGCUUGUCCUCACUGCUUCCGGCACUUCAGCUCUCCCUUCAGACUUCAGUGCCACGUGGAGGCUGUGCACAUGCGGCCCGAGCCCACUGCCAAGUGCAAGAUCUGUGAGCUGGAUUUUGGCACAGAGCCCGUCUUCCUGCAGCACAUGAAGAUCAUGCACGAAGCAGGAGAGAUGCCCUACGUAUGCCAGGUGUGUGACUUUAGGUCGUCGUUCUACUCGGACGUGUGGAGUCACUUUGAGGAGCUUCACGGCAACACCAAGAACCUGCUGUGUCCUUACUGUCUGAAGGUCCUACGCAGCAGCUCCUGCUUCAUGCAGCACUUUGCUAAGCAUCAGAGAAAAUUUGUGUUUAGCUGCAAGAAGUGUCGCCUUCACUUCCUGUGUGUCAAAGAGCGCCAGCAGCACUACAAUCUGCACCACGGAACCCACAUCAUGCCCGUGCAAGUCACUGGACUUAAACCAGGGACCAGGGUGUCUGUCAGGACGUACUCAGUGGGUGCAGGAGCCAAGUGUGAGGAUGUUACAUUUCGAGCAGUGGCUGCGUGUAAGGUGGUCGAUGUUGAGGAGGCACCGCCCCCGCCGGAAGUUCCCAAGAAGAAACCGAGGGAGAGUUUAGCUCACCUGGUGUCAAACCUCAACAGCAAAGAAGAGGAAGACGUGUCCCAUCCUUCACGUCGCUGUGUGGAGUGCCUGAAGUCGAUCCCGAAGUUGAGCGCUCACUUCCCGUCUCGAGUGCACUGCUCGCUGUGCCCGUUUGCCACGUGCUGCUCCGCCGCCUACGCCAAUCACAUGAUCAAAGAGCACACUGUCAUCAAGAAGAAGCCCGACUACCCCAGCAUGUUCCAGUCACACACACGGCUACAGGAGAAGCUGAGCUGCACUUCGUGUUCAUUUUGCACCGACGUAGGAGACAAGAUGGCCACUCACCUGACCGAGCAACCGGGACACAUGUGCAUCACGUCUGAUGCCUUCGAGACCGUUUUAAGCGACACGGAACCAGCGUGCAACUCUAACAGCCCUACCGUCAAGAAAGUUAUCUUUCGUUGCCCCGCCCGUCUCCGUGUGUCGACGUCAUCGGCAGUUGAAGGAGGAGCGUUCAUCCCCAUCCGCCUGGUUGCACCUCGCCAGCCCUCCAGCCGGCUGUCAGUCAAAGCGCUCUCCUCCCCCUGCGACCUAUCCUCUCCGGCCGCCAUGACCAUCAAGUUCCUGAAGCCCCGCCCACCAACGCCUGAAGAGCUGGCUCCUCCUCCUCCUCCUCUUCCUGCUCCUCCUCCCCAUCCGCAACAAAACAACGACCUGCUGGCAGAGUGGGAGUGGCGCGUGGCAACGUGGGUGCUGAUCCGUCAUGAGCAGCAGCUGCGCGUCAGCAAGGACGUCCUACUGCGGACCGGCGCCUGCGUGCUGCCCGAGAGCAGCCGCGAGGCCGAGCGCUACCGUCGCGCCGUCGAACUCAUGUGCCGACACCUGCAGCCGGAGCCCAGCGACAAUAACGGACGCCUGCCCGAGAAAGUCAUGGACAUGGUCAUGGAGAAGAGCACCGCCGUCAUUCUCUCGUUGUGCUCGCAAAUCCAGAGCGCGGCUCUCCGCCCUCGAUGCGUGGGCUUCAUGGAUGAGCUGUCCAUCUUCGUGGACGCCGACCUGUUCUCCAGCCAGAAAGCGUCAGCCUUCCAGCUGAUGGGUUCUCCCACGCAGACCCCGCUCUUCGACGUGGUUCUGUCGGCGCUGUCGGACGGAACAUUCCUCCCGCCUGUGCUCUUUUUCCGCGGAUCGCCGGUGCGCGUUCCCGCCGGGUUCCCCAACAACGUGCUGCUAGAGGCCCGCCACGACGGCUUCAGCGACAGCCGGCGGCUAUUCACGUGGACGCACAAGGUGUGGUGCCCCCACGUGGUGCCGUACGGCAAGUCCCUGCUGAUGGUGGACGUCCAUCGGGGUCACACCACGGACGAGUUCAAGUUCUAUCUGAGCUCCGCCUCCACGGACGCCAUCUUCAUUCCCGCCGGAUGCAGCUGCCGCCUGCAGCCGCUAGACGUCUGCGUCAAGCCUGUUCUCCACAAAUUCCUGCAGGUUCGUUGGAACCAUCUGGUGCAGCACGGGGGUCUGGACGGUCUGGGUCUGGACCAGCUGGCUCUGAUGUUGGCCUGCUGGCUCAGUGAGGUGUCGUCCACGCUGACUUCAGACGUCAACAUCUUGAGAAGGUCGUUUGCGGCAGUAUGUCACCUGCAGAAGGAGCAGAAGGACGCCGACCAGAUAAUCCAAACGCUGGUCAACAAGCUGAAUAUACCUCUGGAGCUCCCCAAACCUCUUCUUUGUCUGGACCCUGACCCUAAACCCGAUCCACGUCCCGAUCCUCCUGGUCCUCCUCCCGCUAGGGAAAUUCAGCUUCUACUGGUGCUGCACAAAGAGCACCAGGAGAAAAUCGACUUGACCGGCGAGGAAGGCGAGCACCCGAUGACGUCGUAACGUGUUUGGACAUCACUAAAUAACCACUGCGCCAACAUCUCCAUACAGUGAUAAUGGCGAAUGAUCCCGAACACAGUCACUCAUUCCCUACUUCCAAAUCACUACAUAGUGGAAUAUAGUUGACUGUGGGGCUGAAACGAUUACUCAAGUACUCUGUAAUCACGUCAUAAGGAUUUUUUUGGUGGAAGCUUUCGGGAGCUAUCUUGGUCCACUGUGGAUACAGUGAGUCGGGAAUGAGUGGAUCAUUCCCAGCACAGCCUUUGUGAAUUUGGCGGCACCCAGUGGUCUGAUGCAAUAUUUACACCCUGUUACUGUUCACUUGAGAACUUAAAAUUUGUUCCCUCAAUUCUGAGAAUUAUUAAAAUAUAUUUUUGU